AUGUGUUUGCUUUCUAACCGAAGACAGAAGAAUGCGUCUAAACAUAUUGACAGAACGUCUACCCCAAAGCAAGGUAAUGGGGCUUUGAAGAACGCUAUAAGCCUGCCAAUUCCCAAGAGUCUAAGCUGGGUAAUGAGUAAUGAAGCAAAGACAAGUCCAAAAUUUGGGGCACGAUGGUUUGGCAAGGCGCCCUGGUAUAGGAAAGACUCCGGUGACACUAUUGACAGUGUCUCGAGUUCCAUUCGCGAAGUCCUAGCUGGAAGAACGCCGCCUGUCACUCCCAAUCCUGAGGACUUUUUCAGUCGCCAGUUGGAAUAUAGCACGAGUCCUUACCCGGCGGGUGAGGCAACGCGUGUGAGAACUCCACCUGUGCACAAAAACGCCGUUGACGGAACACCACGAAGCUUCUUCUCAGAUGUAGUACCACCGGGAGUGGGAAAUGACACCUGGAACUUUGGACACUUAAAAAGUUCCGCGGAAGAAGAGCAACAACAGAACGGUUGUAAGAAGAAUGUUCUAAAAAAUUCCAAGGAAUGGUGGGAGGUGAAGAGACGAACACGGCCGAAGAAGGCUCUCCCAGGCCCGCAAGCUUUCCAAUUUGAUAUCCCUGAGCACCUACCAAGUAGUCCGAUAUGCCCUACAAAUAUUCUGCAUCCUUCCGGUGGCAAAGGAUUGUGUGUUUAUCAUGGACGUAGAAGGACCAGCUCUGCGCUCAGAGUUGAACAAGCCGUAGGCGAGAGACGUCAAGGCUCUGAAGUGUCAAUUACAUCGCAGAAUAGCGAGGUGUGA